GCGAGCGUUCUUGGAAUGGGAGUGUUUGUAUCGUAACAUCGCGGCAGUUUCUUGUGUACGGUGGGCGAAAACUCUACCUUUAAUGUGACGGUACUUCCUUCCUUCCCUCCCUAUGCGGUUCGUAUGCAUCCCUGCUUUACUCGUCUGCACAGUCGUGUGUUUACUGAUUUCUGUCUGACUGAGCUUGAUGGGCAGCUGGGUGAAAUGCCAAGCAGGCCGUAAGCGAUGGCGAAGUGAUCGUAGGGAGACAUGAAUAAGCCCAAAAUGACUACCGAAAAAGGAGUUCCCAGUAACUCGCGGGUCGUCAUGCUCCUGGGCCAGCUGGAGAGGAUGAAUGGGGAGGCUGUGCCGGGUGAUGCCGAGAUGGCUCGACACGUCACUGGCAAAAUCCUCCACCUCAUCCAGACGCAAGAGAAGACCAAGAAGGAGAUGACGGCCAAGGGUUCGAGUGGCAUGGAGGUGAUCUUGGCCGCCCUGGAGCAGAACAUGCAGGACCUCCAGACUGUACUGAACAUCCUGUGUAUCCUAAAUGAACUGGUCUCCGUAGGCGGGGGCAACAGGGUGGGAGUGCUGGUGUCCAAGGGGGGGACGGCCAUCCUGCUUCAGCUGCUGCUCAGUGCCAGUAAGGAUGUCCCUCCCAGCGAGGAACUCAUGCUGCAGCUUCACUCCAUCCUCGCCAAGGUGGGACCCAAAGACAAGAAGUUUGGCGUCAAGGCGCGAGUGAACGGAGCCCUCAACAUCACCGUGAACCUCCUGAAGCAGAACUUACAGAACCAAAAACUCCUCCUGCCUUGUUUACAGGUUCUCAGGGUCUACUCCAGCAACACGGUGAACGCAGUGUCUCUUGGGAAAAACGGUGUUGUGGAGCUUCUGUUUAAAAUAAUUGGGCCAUACAGUAAGAAGAACACCAGCAUUCAGAAGGUGGUGCUGGACACAUUGACAGUACUGCUGAAAUCCAAAGCCAACUCCCGCCGCGCUGUGGACCGGACCUAUGUUCCUGCCCUGCUGACCAUCUACCAGGACUGGCACCGUAACGACACAAGGCACAGGCAUGCCCACAUCCGCAAGGGCAUCUUGGGAUGCAUCCGGAAUGUCACCAACAUCAAGCUGGGCCGGAAGGCCUUCCUCGACGCUGACGGGAUGAGGAUUCUCUACAGCACAUCCACCGAGUGCCUUCCCGUGCGGACGCUGGAUCCCCUCGUCAACACCUCCAGCCUUAUCAUGCGCAAGUGCUUCCCGAAGAAUCGACUGCCCGUGCCCACCAUCAAGAGCGUCUUCCAGUACCGGUUGCCCCAUGUACCCGCUGAGGGGCCCGUGGCCCAGCUGUACCGGCAGCCACCCGAAGUGGAUGACGUCGUCGAUGAGAGCGAUGACAAUGAUGACGCCGACACUGAGAAUGACACGGAGAACGAAGAGGAUGACAGGGAUUGCUGUUUGCAGAACGACGACAUCGAGACAGACCUUAACAAGCUGCGGCCUGGGGAACAGGCCAGCCGGACCAUGGAGGAGCUGCGGAUGUACGAGCGCUUCUUCUCUGAGCUUUCGGAGGACUUUCAGGGGUAUCACUUUCACGGCAGCAGCCCAUGUCAGACACCAUCGCUGCCGUCGAAGUCCCUCAGCCGCAUUGUGGUCCCUACUGCACCAGAUAUGACACCCUCGGAUUCAAAUCUGGUCCAGUUGGAGUGUGCGGACAGGGCCCUCGACCAGCGCCCGGGGGAGGGAUUGGAGCAGGCGUUGGUGCGCGAGCUGGGCCGCGUGGCUCUUGACGGAGGUGCGGCCCCGAAUGGGCAAAGGCCUGCGGCAGAGAGUGAGGUGGAACGCGAGGAUGACUGCAGCUCGCACUCGUCCGGGGACCAGGCUGUCCUGGAGGUGCCUGACACGGCCGCCCUGCUGCCCCUUCAUGACCCCGAGCUCUAUGUCGAGAUGGUGAAGGACACCAGGUCCGUCCCCCAGUACUCCGAGGUGGCCUACCCAGACUACUUUGGGCACAUCGCCCCCACGUACCGAGAGCACAUCGUGGAGAGACUCUACGGGGUCCAGAGGUCAAAAAUCUUCCAAGACAUCGAGAGGAUGAUUCACCCCAACGACAUCCUGGACAAAGUGGUGUAUGAUUUGGAUUUGCAGAGCUGUCCUGUGGUUGAUGAUGGAGAAUGUCUGAAAUUCAACUCCCUGUUUGAGUCUGGGAACCUGAGGAAGGCUGUCCAAGUCAGGAAGUUUGAGUAUGACCUCAUCCUGAACUCGGAUAUCAACAGCAACCAUUACCACCAGUGGUUUUACUUCGAGGUGAGCAGCAUGCGUGCUGGCACCCCGUAUCGGUUCAACAUCAUCAACUGCGAGAAGUCCAACAGCCAAUUUAAUUACGGCAUGCAGGUGCUGAUGUACUCUGUCCGGGAAGCCAUCAAUGGACGGCCAUGCUGGGUUCGCACAGGGACAGACAUCUGCUACUACAAGAACCACUUCUCCCGGAGCUCCAUUGCAGCAGGGGGCCAGAAGGGCAAGUCCUACUACACCAUGACCUUCACUGUGACCUUUCAGCACAAGGACGACGUCUGCUACUUUGCCUACCACUACCCCUACACCUACUCCACCCUCAAAAUGCACCUGCAGAAGCUGGAGGCAUUGAGGACCCCCCAGAUCUACCUACGGCAGGACGUCCUGUGCGAGACUCUGGGCGGGAACAGCUGCCCCCUCCUCACCAUCACCGCCAUGCCUCAGUCCACCAGCAACGACCAGAUCUGCCAGUUCAGGAACCGGCCGUACGUGUUCCUGACAGCGAGGGUCCACCCCGGCGAGACCAAUGCCAGCUGGGUGAUGAAGGGCACACUGGAGUUCCUGAUGGGCACUGGCCCUGUGGCCCAGAGCCUCAGAGAGGCCUACAUUUUCAAGAUCGUCCCCAUGCUCAACCCGGACGGCGUGGUCAACGGGAACCACCGGUGUUCUCUCAGUGGGGAGGACCUGAACCGCCAGUGGCAGAGGCCCAACCCUGACCUGCAUCCCACCAUCUUCCACGCCAAGGGCCUGCUGCAGUACCUGUCUGCUCUCCAGAGGGUGCCGCUGGUUUACUGUGAUUACCACGGUCACUCUCGGAAGAAGAACGUUUUCAUGUAUGGCUGCAGCAUCAAGGAGACCGUGUGGCAGACGGACGUGAACGCCACAUCUUCUGACCUGCACGAAGACCUGGGCUACAGGACCCUGCCGAAGAUCCUGAGCCAGAUCGCACCCGCCUUCAGUAUGGCCAGCUGCAGCUUCGUGGUGGAGAAAUCCAAGGAGUCAACGGCACGUGUGGUGGUGUGGCGUGAGAUCGGCGUUCAGAAGAGCUACACCAUGGAGAGCACACUGUGUGGCUGCGACCAGGGCAAGUACAAGGGCCUCCAGAUCGGCACCCGGGAGCUAGAGGAGAUGGGAGCCCAGUUCUGCGUGGCGCUGCUGAGGCUGAAGAGGCUCUCGUCCCCCCUGGAGGUCCGGCACGCCUCCCAUUUCCUGGAGGCGGAGGGUGACCUGAUCGAGACCAGCUGCAGGAACACCAGAGCGGGUGCUGGCUGCUGUACACCCACUUGGGCACUGAGGGGGCGGAGAUCCGCUGACUUCUCCAGAGGGACCCCACGCCCACCCAGCAGUCAGAGUUCCACCACCUAUGUGCUGAAGGAGGACGAACCGUCCUUCAUGGAGGAGGUGGACUACAGCGCUGAGAGCGACGAGGAGACCGACCCUCAGGAGAACCCUGGCGACGAGGAGCACCUCUCGGACUCGGAGGCUGUACAGCAGCACCCAUUCACAUGAAUGUCUGGAAGCUACUCUCCCUCCGUCCCAUCCCCGGGCUUGUGGGGGGGUGUCUGUGCUCCUGCACCGGGCGCGGGGUGGGGGGCGGGGGAGGGCGCUUUCCACGCUCCCCCCUGGUUCACAGCAUCCCUUCUGGUGCAUCUCAGAUUGUAUCGUUUCCACGUCGGCCUUCUCUCUCCCUUCCAAAUGGUGUUUAGGGAUGGCCCAUUACUGGUGCAUUAUGGGAUGUAGUACCAGUAAUUGAUCUGCCUUCUCUCUCUUUCUUUUCUAAUACAGUUUAUGCAGAAGGAUAACAUGUUUACACACCUCAGAAUACAGACCUAAGAAUCAGAAGACAACCCUCUGUGCAAAGAAGGUACUCAGUGGGAAAAUGGUUACACGUCCUGAUUAUAUGUUUUUCUCUGGCAAAAGUAUUGCUGAAUAAAUAGCAGGCAGUUGCCAUAAUAAUUACGGUUACCCAUUACAGUAUAUCUGCUUAUUCACUCCAGAGUAUAUCACGUGCUCAAUAUUAAUGCUAACUGGGUAAUUGAUAAAAAUCUGUGACUUCAGUGGUGCGUCUUACCAGAUAGCUGUUUUGUUUUAGCAGUAGAUGUAUUUUGGCUGUCUAUGUACAGUGAGUGCAUGACUAUAUAAUGUCCCUAAUUUAUUCCAUUUUAUUUGUGGGGAAAAGGAAAGCCUAUGUUUAGCUCCUGGAGGUGUGUUUGUGCCAUUUGUGAAUGAAGUUGUGUGAUAUACAGACAUGCACAGCUUUAUUCUGUAGCAUUAAAAGCUUUAUAUUAUCACAGGAGGACAAGUAAGUCAAACUUUUUACUUGAUUGUAACUGCACCAUGCUGAAGUGUGCAAAGAACCAUGAGAAAUAAACGCAAAAGCCCCCUUAUAUGGCACAAUGA